AUGUCGAAACAAGAGAAACAAGAGAAACAAGAUGUCGUACUUGAUACAUUAGGACAAUUUUUGUCAUUUUGUAUUACGGCGACCAUGGUUACCAGUAAUGAAUUAUUUGUGAACUAUAAUAUCAGCGUUCCUACAUUUCAAACGUUUCUUACCUAUGUAGCAUUAAAUUUGAUUUAUACGCCACUAACCAUCUACAAAAAGGGAUUUAGGUAUUGGUUGGAUAUUUUUAACCUGAAGGAUUAUCGAUUUUUAAAAUUUGAAGGCAAUUAUUUUGUGGUAAAGGCAUAUGCUUUCACCUCAGUUCUUUCCGUAAUGUUGCUUGGUACGUGGGCAAUCCCAGUUUGUAUGUUAUCAUCAAUCGUAUUCCUAAAGGUUGGAUAUCAUUGGAGUCAAUACUUUGGAGUGUUGAUAUGUCUUGUUGGUAUUGGAGUAUUGCUUGCAGGAGAUCUUGACUCAGGACAAGAUUUUAGUGGUGCAGUGAAUAUGGGACUUGGUGAUGCAUUUUGUAUCAUAAGUGCAACACUUUAUGGUGCGAAAGAAUUAUUUGUGAGACAAAGAUCAGUGUAUGAGGUGGUUGGACAAUUAGCAUUUUGGGCAAUGAUUAUCAGUGGUAUUCAACUUUCAAUUUUAGAGCGUCAAGAACUUUCUUCUGUAGAAUGGAGUGGAGGUAGUGUUGGAAUGCUACUUACAUACACUAUUUCAAUGGUGUGUUUUUAUACUGGAGCACCAAUACUCUUCAAAUUAUCAUCAGCUACAUUCUUUAAUCUUUCUUUACAAACAACAUUUGCAUUCAAUGCAAUCCAAAUGCUUUCGUUGGAUUCGUUUAAAACUGGAAUGAUCUUGUUGAGUGGAUUGUUUUUCUAUGAUAUAUUUUGGGUAUUCGGUACUGAGGUGAUGAUUACUGUAGCUAAAAGUUUUGAUGCGCCAAUUAAAGUAGUUUGGCCCAAACAAUUGCUUGGAUUACAACCAAAUGAAGCUUUACAAUUUACCAUGUUAGGGUUAGGAGAUAUUGUCAUUCCUGGAAUUUAUGUUGCACUUUGUCUUCGAUUUGAUCACAAUCUACAUUUAAAACGUAACCCCACAGCUAAAAAAUAUUCCAAAUUUUCAACACCGUAUUUCAACAGUUGUUUUACUUCUUAUAUCUUGGGCCUUAUAACCACCAUUGUAGUUAUGCAUACUUUCAAAGCAGCACAACCUGCUUUGCUUUACCUUUCACCAGCUUGUAUAAUUUCGGUGCUUAUGGAAAGCAAUUUAUUGAUUGCAUAUGCUGCCUUAGGCACCAUGGCAGUUGUGCCGAUUUACUAUGGAUCAUUUGCUUCAGUAAAAUGGCCUAAAAAGAAAAAAACUGAAUGUGCCAAGUUUGAUCAUGAGGCAGAAUCUUCUGAUGAAGAGGAUUCUUCAACCGAAUCUUUAUCAACGGAAGAUGCUUAUCUUUUUCCAAUAAUUGGAUCCGUGGUGCUCUUUUCAUUAUACCUAGUUUUUAAAUUAUUGAACAAGGAUUAUGUGAAUUAUCUUGUUACCGGAUACUUUGCCUUUUUAGGCGUUAUCGCUGUAACAAAUGUUGGCGUGUAUAUUGUUAAGAACGUAAUUGGACUUAAA